AUGCCACCAUCAAGACCCAAGCCGUCCGAGAUAGCUGCCGAAGCGAAACGAGUGUGGAUGCCCCAUAUCUGGAAACAUUAUAUCAAAGACUCGAAGACUUCCUAUCUAUAUCCAGACGCGGCCCAAAUCAGAAUCAAUGUGGACCAGCGGUCAUCACAACGGACAAGAGUGGCAGUCAUGGAAGGUGAUCCCGUGAACUACGCUUUGGGCUGGUACCAAAGUGCCGUCAGCGCAGAUCCAAACUGCAAACGAAUACCAGUGGUUAAUGUAGCGAACGAGAAGCGUGCCGGGGGUGAUUGGGAGUCAGGACUCAUGGCUCCUGAAGAAUGCUUUGCACGGAGAAGCAACCUCGUGCAUGCCCUUACGAUGCCAUGGAACGCGCAGCUUGGGCGAAGCGAAAAUUUCUACCCAAUACCUCAGAGGGGCGGCAUAUACUCACCCGACGUUUAUGUUUUUCGAGGAGGCCCAGAUCAAGACUACGCAACAUUCAACGAAAUUGCCGCGCUUCCCGUCAUAUCAGUCGCACCUGUACGGAGACCUAAGCUUGAUGAGACGGGCACAACGUACUCGUUUGUCCAGGAGAAGGAGCUGAUGAAGGAGAAGAUGCGGGCUGUCCUCCGAAUCGCCUCCUACUGCGGGCACAGAAACCUUGUGCUAGGCGCGUUUGGCCUAGGGCCUAUAUUCCGCAAUCCGGCGGCAGAUAUAGCCCGCAUAUGGAGGAAGCUUUUGUUCGAAGAGGAAGAGUUCCAUGGAGCCUUCCAGGACGUCGUCUUUGCCAUAGACAGCAGCAUGGUUGUGGCGCCGGCGAAAGGGUGUUUGUCGGAUCUGGAGACAUUCAAACGAGAGUUCGAUCCGUCGAUGAUUUUUCCCAUUUCAACUUCCCAGUGGCACUACAAAUCAACUGAAGAGGACGCAGGCAUGGUGUGCUGA